AUGUCAGGACGAAAAUUGAAGUUUAUGAAGGAUUACUUAGCUGAAGAAAAAGAACAAUCUGAAGAAUCAUUGAUGAAAUUGAUUCAACAAGCAGAGUCUAUGCGUGUCUUAAUUAAUACAACAAAUUAUGAUUAUGGUCAAGUUAAAGCUAAAAUGGAUGUUAAAUAUGUACAUCGUCAACGUCUUGUUCAAGAGAUGAAAUCAGUCAAAGAAAUUGUUGAAUUAUAUCCAGCUUUGUCAGUGACUAAUUUGCUGAUUCGUGAAAUAAAUCUUCGUUCUGAUCCAUUUGCUGGAGAUAUUAUUGAAGCAUUAAAAUGUAGUUGUACAAAAUUAAUGAAACAUUUGGAACAUCAGCAAAGAGAAAAAAUUAAUGAAGAAGAACAACCAUUUUUCAUAUUGGAGUAUUUGAUUAUGAAACGUUACAAACAUUCAAAAAAGCUGUUAUUAAAUUAUGAAACAAUCGAUGCUUAUCCAAUGAUACAAAUACAAACAAUUAACAAUAUUAAAAAUUAUUCUAUUGUUAUAGAAUAUAAUAUACUUAUUACAACAAGUUCACACAUUGAAGCUAUGGCUAUUUUAAUUGGAUCAUAUGAAAUAUUUAAUAUUGAAUAUCCAGCAAAGAUUCGAGCAAUAUUGGAAGUCAUGAAUGGUUUUUUUAUUUAA